AUGCCAAUAAUUUCCUCUCAAUUUCCCGAACAAAAUGUUGCUUUUAAUGUUAAUGAAUUUACAAAAAAUAUAAUUUUAAGAGAAAUUAAAAAAGAUUCUGAUAAUUUUAAAAACGCUAAACAUUUAAAUAAAGAAUUUUGGCAAAACAAAAUAUUUAAAAAAAUAAAUUUAAAAUUAAUUUACAAACAUUUUAUUUUGGUUAUUUGUACAGAAAUUAAUGAAAAUAAUUAUUUUGGAAAUUUUAAAUGUGGAUUAUUAAAAACAAAAUUAAGAUUAAUAUUUAAAGAUUGGGCAGAAAAAAUUAAAAAUGGAAAAAUAAAUUUAAAAGAAUAUCAUUCAAUUUCUGGAUUUGAGAGAGAAAGGAAAUGUAAAAGAAUUAAUGGUAUUGAUGAGCAUUGGACGGUUUGGUUAGUUGGAAUAAAUUUGGAAAAUAAUGAAGAAAAUAUUGAUAAACAAAAGGAAUUGUUAUUAACAAUUAAUGAACAUUUUUGGAAAAUUAAUAAAAAAGAAAAUUGGUUAAAUGCUAUUUAUGUUAAUCAAAAUAAUUUAAAAAAUAUGUGGGUAUAUUUACGGGAUUAUUAG